AUGUGUGAAGCUGUGAAGCGCACAGUUGGGUUAAUCAAAAAUGAGUUGGUGAAAAAACACGUGGAAUCUGAAAGUGUGCAGAGUGCUGACAGUGUCUGCAUUGAACUGAAGCGGCGAGUUGAUCGUGAGUCCAGAAACAUGUGUGCCGCUUUCAAAGAAUAUUUCAUGAUACAUGAUAAGCCAGACAUAAUUCUUACAAAACAAGACACACAAAAGACAAUGCACGAGAAUUUCAUUCAUUAUGCAUCACACUUAGCAUCGACAUUCGAGCGGGGUAUAGAUUUGAAGCCGAUGCUUCCGUACGAAGCUGCCACCCAUACCUUGUCUGCAACCAGCGUCAGGAGGUUUUCAGAAUAUUUCGCAAGCAUUUACCGGUCAGCAACCCUGGAACCGCUAAUUAUCCUCAUAUUUGUGUGUCAUUUAAUUUUCAUUCACCAGAGGACAAUUACCUUUACGGAACAGGAUAACGAUUAUGAUGGGGACUAUGAUGAAGGGAGCGAAGAGGGAGAAGAAUACGAGGAGGUGCGCCAGCGUACCAUGGCCAUCUUGCUCCGUCAAAUUGGCUCACCGCGUCAAACGUUUCAAGCCAGCUCGCUGCCCCUACCAAUAUUCAACUUUGUUACUGACAUGAAAAUUGAAACUACUCUGGCCCCGCUAGUGGUUAUGGGACAUCGUCUUUUGUGCGACAAUGCAAUCCAUGCCGUUAUAUGGAACAAAAUGCUACCAGCUUUGUGUAGAGGACAAAUAAUGGCCAGCGAGAUUCCCUGUGUUUUCGAAGAAUCGGCCAAGUCUAGGAAGAAUAUGGGGCUAGCAACUACCCAGCACGUCAGGUUACACUCUGCCUUGGUUUCGACUUCUGACAAAACGCUCCUUGUUUUUAUCGUUCGGUUAUUCUUCCCGAGUGAAUUCACUAUGCAACGAGAGAAAGUAGUUAUGAACAUAGUCAAAAAGGCUACGUACCGCUAG